AUGCAGGUAAUAGAACCUAUAAUCACUUACGCAGCAGGUAUUUGGGGUGGUGCUACCAAAUUCAAAAUAGUAAAAGACAAACUAAUAUCACUGCAGCGUGGUUUCGCCAUCAAGAUAAUAAGAGCUUUCAAAACAGUUUCCGCCUCUGCUGCAAUCUCGUUAGCCCUACUCACUCCCCUUCACUUAAAAGUAAUAGAAGUUGCCAACAUAGAAACUUCUAAAUUAACUGGAAAAACAGAGUUGUUACCCGAUGAUAUUGUCAUAGAGAAACCGUUGCCACAAUCACAACUUCUUCAUCCAGCUGACAGGAAAACCAUUGAAAUUAACAUGGCAACCACACAGGAAGACAUUGAUAAAAAUUACAAUAAUCAUACAACGAAGAUAUUCACAGAUGGGAGCAAGCAUAAUGAUGGUAGCACAGGUGCAGCAUUUGUAGUACAAAUUAAUGAUAAAAUAAAAAUACGCAAGAAGUACAAACUACAUCCAAGCUGUACUGUAUUCCAAGCGGAGCUUUUGGCUAUAGAAAGAGCAUGUAAAUGGGUUAUUCAAACAGGCGUCAAUAACCUCUCAAUACUUACGGAUUCACUUUCAGGCUUAAAGGAAAUACAAAACAAAGACAGUACAAAUGCAUUUGUAGUGUCCAUACACAAAUGUAUACAUCAAAUAUGUAACGCAGGAACAGGAACAAUUAACUUCAUUUGGGUAAAAGCACACAAAGGUUUGACCGGUAAUGAAGAAGCGGACUCAACAGCCAAACAAGCUGCUAGUUCGCACAGUAAAUAUGAAUACGAUAACACUCCUUUAAGCUACUUGAAACACAACCUCAAACAAAUAACUUCAACUAAUGCCGAUUCUUACUACAAAGACUCUGUUCAAGGACAAUAUACAAAAAGUAUAUGUCCUGAUCUUGAAUCAAUACAAAAUUUGUGGGAAGCCUUUAAACCCUCUUUUGAAUUUACGCAAAUUUUGACCGGUCACGGAUUCAAUCUAUCGUACCUGUAUAGAUUUAAAAUUAAAUCGACUAAUAAAUGCCCAUGCAACGACAACUCUGAACAAACAUUCAAGCACCUAAUCGAAGAAUGUCCUAGAUACUCAAAUACCAGGAAUGAUCACAUAAUUACCUGUAACAGCCUAAAUAUUAACGAAGCCUUUAACAUAAAGAAGAUAAUAAGCAAGGAAUCUUCAGUCACUUACAUGUUACAUCAACAUAUUAAAACUAUUGUUAGAACACUUAAGGACUUCAACAGACACAUAACAUAG